GAAGAAGAAGAAGAAGAAGCGGGACGCCUCCGACCGAGACCCUCGUCGUCUUCCACUUCCACCGCGCUGUGGCAGCUGGCAAAGGCAAUCCUCCUCCUUCCCGCGCUCUCUCCUCCUCCUCCCCGGAUUUGAGGCACCCACUUCCUUCCCUUUCCACCUGCUCUUCUCUCCUCUCUCCUUGUGCCUUUGCGCCAUUUCUCCCUUUCUUUCGUUUUCUGUCCAAUUCAAUAAUUAAUUGAAGCCAAGUUGCGAGAGGAGGCGUUAGGUGAGCGCGUGCCCGGCCCGUCGGCCGAGUCUCCGGGAGAAAUCCAUCCCUCCAAGGGGGAUCCGCCGCACCCACCCAGACCCAGGUUCCAAUCCAACUCCCCUAAUCCGCCAUUGAUCUUCUUCUCUCCCCAUCCCCAAAGCCCCGCAGCCAGCAAUAAAGCCAAAGCCGCCGCCUUUUUCUUUAAUCCAAUUCCUUCCGCCAAGGGAUUCAUUCAUUGAUUGCUUCCUUGGAGAAGAGAUGUGCCCGCUGCGGGUCAUCCUCAUCUUCCUCUCCGCCACCAUCGCCGGAUUCUUCCUCAUCCGGGGGCUCAACGCCGAGCCUGACCAAUUCGCCGACGACGACGACAAGGCCUCCGAGUCGGGAUCUCCCAGGGCGCCCGUACCCAUCCCUUCCAAGGUUGGAUCGGCUGUGAAAACUGGAUUCUGGACUCUGGUGGAUAUGGCAAGCGGGCGGUACCUCUGGCGCACCCUUGUCGCACAACCCGCACAAUCUGAGUCAGAAAAGGCCCGGUGACAAAUGUUCAUAAUUUAUUUUGUAUUUUUUUCUGAUUUAGUGCCAACAGAGAUGAGGAUAGGCACAAUCUGUUGUUCUUACAUGUUGGUGUUGAUAUGUACUAUGGCGGCAAAUGUAACAUGGCUGGGGACUAUAUGCUACAGUAAAUGUGCAGAAUUGUUCAUGUUUGAGCAUUGAGUUGUAGAAUACUGUAAGUGUGUGCAAUGCUGGGAGUAUGGACUUUGGACAUGGCAUUUGGGCUGAAGUUUGCACGAUUUUGUCUUUGCACUAAACCCAUGCUUAAAUGUGAGACUUGGAGCAUGUAAUAAAUUUUAGUAGCUGAAAUCUGGAAAUGUCA